AUUGUAGAAUGCACCUAUGGUAUUAUAAUAUGUGAUUUAAAUUAUUUAGGUAUUCAUAACUAACAUUAUUUCUUUUUGACUAAAAGAAUAAAUAUUAACUGAAAAUAUUGUUUGUUUUAAAAUAUUAUAAGACCAGUGGAACCAUUGUUUUAUCAAGAAGUUAAUACGUUUGUGAAACUCUAAUUCCUAAAGGAAAAAGCAGAAUGGCCCGUGGUCAGCAAAAAAUCCAGUCUCAAGCAAAGGCUGCAGAAAAGUUGUCUAAAAUGAAAAAACAGCAAGGACACAGUGCCACCGAUCAGAAAAAGGCAGCACAAAAAGCUCUUGUGCAUAUUUGUGUCAUUUGCAAGGCGCAGAUGCCGGAUCCCAAAACCUAUAAACAGCAUUUUGAAAACAAACAUCCCAAGAAUGAUUUACCUGAAGAUUUGAAAACUAUCUAACAUAUCCAUAAGUUUAUAUUUUUUAAUGUAAUUCCAUAACGGGAAAUUGUUAAAUUGAGCGUUCUAUCUUGCAUUUGUUCAAUAUGUAUUUUCAUUAAAGGAGUUAUUCUGUAUUAAAGUUUUUUUGCAAUAAAGGACAAUGCACUCCGGAUUA